AUGGCUCUUCCCUCCGUUACAGAGACCGGCAGCUGUGCGUUAUGUGGGCCCCACGCGGUGUGUCACCAGCUCACCGGAACCUUCUACUGCACCUGCCCAGCGGGAUUUUACUCCGAGUCCGGAGACAGAAGGUUCGCCAGUGCUUUUGACUCCACGUGUAAAGAUUACGAUGAAUGUCACACCGUUAGAACCAUCUGUGGCCCCCACGCCAGUUGCCACAACACCGCGGGAGGGUUCUUCUGCCUCUGCCACCCUGGCUUUGCCCGGCUGUCCGGCAAGACCAACUUUACUGGUUACGGCGCUGGCUGCCAAGAUGUCGAUGAGUGUUUGCAACAGCCCUGUGGUCCCCAUGGCGUCUGCAUCAAUGCUGAAGGAACCUUCUUAUGUUCUCAAACGACACAGCCCAUGACCAGCCAUCUCCGGACAACUCUCAGCCCGUUUGUGCAUUGCCUGUCCAACCUGCUGAAGAACCAAUCCAUCAUCGACAACUGUUUCACCAAGCGACUCCAGCAGCCACCAGCCGAUCAAUUCUGUUCCCUGAUCAACUCCACGCUUGCGUUUGCCAGGAGGAUGUGUGAACAAAAAGGGGAAUACCGCCAAAAGUCUCAAACCUCCGUCACUUUGAAGGAUGUGACGUCGUUUGGGAACAAGUUUGUUGCCGACGGUUCGGGGGUGGAGUCGGCGACGGUGUUCCUGGGCGCCAUGGAGAACUUUGCCACGUUGGCUGCAUUGGCCUCACCUACUCAACAGCUCAAAGCCAUCUCCAGUGCCCACUUGGAUCUCGAUGUGCGGGUCAUUGAUGUGACCAACCGGAUGUUCUCGGCACACGAGAGGUUAACGCUACGAGCAAAGAACGACACUCUGGAUGUUUACAUGAAGACUGUGACUGAGGAGCAACAAACAGGUGCAUCAGUGGUGGUGUUCUUGUCCUACACGGACCUGCGUUCUCUACAGAAGGGGGAGUUUGUCACCGAGGGUCAACGCCGGCCCCACCUCCUCACCUCCUCUGUCGUCUCCGUCGUCAUCGGCAACCGCCGCCAUCGCCAGCUGCGGAACGGCGUCAACAUCACCCUGAGUCACACGUCACAGACCCAGGGGUCACUGAGUGACUGGCGGAUAUUUUGUGUUUACUGGAACCAUUCGCCGUCUUCAAGCCACUGGUCACCGGAGGGGUGCGAAGUCAUUCAGUCCAACGGCACACACACGACCUGUGGCUGCCAGCACCUCUCCAGCUUCGCUCUGCUCAUCGCUAACAGCAAGGGGUGGUCUGACCAGGACGGGACCCUCACGCUGAUCACUCUGGUUGGGCUCAUCACCUCGCUGGUGUGCCUGGCCCUGGCUGUAACCACCUUCCUAUGCUGUGUGCAGAAAAGGAACCUGCACGUCACCAUCCACAUCAACCUGUGCAUCACCAUGUUCCUGGGGGAGCUCCUCUUCCUUCUUGGGGUUGAGAGGACCACCAACAAGGCCCUGUGUGGUGUAGUAGCCGGCUGCCUACACUACCUGUUCCUGGUGGCGUUGGCGUGGAUGUGCGUGGAGGGCCUCCACCUACAUGUGAUGGUGAGGAACCUUCAGCGCAUCAACGCGGCGGGUGCCCACCGGGCUCUGCGCUGCUUCAUGUACCCCUUCAGCUACGGGCUGCCCGCCAUCAUCGUGGUCGUGUCCGCGGCAACAUACCCCGGCGGCUACGGAUCACGCCAGCACUGCUGGUUGUCAAUUGAUAAAGGACUUAUCUGGAGUUUCAUUGGCCCCGUCUGUGCCAUCGUUCUGUUUAACACGGUUCUGUUCAUCGUGACGCUCGGGAUGCUGAGACAACAGGUCACGCGGCUCAACACGCAGGUUACAAAGAUCAAGGACACGAGGAUGCUGACGUUGAAGGCCAUCGCCCAGUGCCUGGUGCUGGGCUGUACCUGGAUCCUCAGCCUCUUCCACUUCCAGGACUCCACCACCGCGCUGACCUACAUGUUCACCAUCAUCCACAGCCUGCAGGGGGCGAUCAUCUUCCUCAUCCUCUGUGUCUUCAACCCACAGGUGAGGGAGGGCUACCGGAGUUGCUGGGACAGAGCAUGUGGUGACUGGAGAAGGAGCAGCUACACCGACACAGCCUCGACCAGCCAGCCCAUGACCAAAGCCUCGAUCUAGAAGGUGCAGUAGAAUCGCGUGAUGUGGAGGCCUGUGGUGAGAUACGAGACCUGGAUGUGACUGAUGUCCUGGCCUAUAUCAACGUGAAGCCCAUCGUCGUUCUGCCACCCCCCCCUCUCCCACGGCCACCCCUCCCCCAGGACUCCUCCCGCAGAUCUCUCCUUCGCCCAGAUGUUUACAAGCAUUUUCCAGAUGUGGCUCACUGAUGCAUUGAAUAUCCGUCCUCGUGUGCCUACACAACAUGGAAGCUCAAAGCCACUAUGAACAUAAGCUGUCCUAAUAAUAGUCAAUUAGGGCAGUCACAGUGGUACAGCGGUAGAGUUGCUGCCUUACCGCGUUUGCAGCGCCCGAGACACGGGUUCCAUCCCGACUGUGGGUGCUGUCUGUACGGAGUUUGUACGUCCUCCUCACGACUCACGUGGGUUUUCUCCAAGAUCUUCGGUUUCCUCCCACACUCCAAAGACGUACAGGUUUGUAGGUUAAUCGGCUUGGUGUAAAUGUAAAUUGUCCCUAGUGUGUUAGUGUGCGGGGAUCGCUGGUCGGCACGGUCUCAGUGGGACGAAGGGCCCGUUUCCGAGCUGUAUCUCUAAACUAAACUAAACUAAAGUUUGGUGUCAAAAAGUAAACUGGUUUAAAAAUUCAUGGCAGAUUAUGGGGAUGGUUGAAAUUUGUAUAGAGAUAUGAAUUGAAAUAUUGCAUCGAUUUGGUCGGUCAAUGUCCUGAGAUGCCUCUUAGAAUCGUACAGUGAUACUGCGUGGAAACCAGCCCUUCGGCCCAACUUGCCCACACCGACCAACAUACCCCAUCUAGACUAAUCCCACCUGCCCUCUUCUAACCCAUAUCCCUCCAAACCUGUACUUGUCCAAAUGUUUCGUAAACGUUGCAAUAGUACCGACUCUUAUUCAGAUGUUCGUAGUGUUAUGAAGAACUGGACUUGCACAUCUCGGCCACUCACCGGCCCGUUCUGAUACCAUUGGAUUUCUCUCGGAGGCUGUGACCUCUGUUGGUCCGGCAAAAUUGAUAAUCCUGAAAGGCUCUGGAACGACGAGUGCUGGAAAACUCGGUUACACCUGGAGUUUAGUCUGUUUAUAGAAGGAGCUCCUUCUUUCGUGCCCAUCUUCCAUGUUUACCCGGAGCGGGGCCUUACAUCACCCGGCGUGCCUUUAAUGGCCGCGGGACUUGCCAUCGCCUGCCGGGGGCUCCAACAUCAAGACCCGGAGCGGGGCCUUACAUCGCCCGGCACGGCUUUAAUGGCCGCGGGACUUGCCAUCGCCUGCCGGGGGCUCCAACAUCAAGACCCGGAGCGGAACCUUACAUCGCCCAGCGCGGCUUUCACAUCCGCGAGACUUACCAUCGCCCGCUGGGGCUUUGACAUCGGGAGAAGAAUGGAGAGCAGGAGAGAGACAAGACUUUGCCUUCCAUCACAGUGAGGAGGAGAUUCACUGUGAUGGAUGUUUGUGUGAACUGUGUUGGUGUGUGUCUUGGUUCUUUUGUUGUGUGACUGCAGAAACCAAAUUUCGUUUGAACUUCAUUCGAGGUUCAAAUGGCAAUAAACGGUAUUGUAUAGUU